UUGCUUAUAGAACGUUUUUUAGUCAAACUUGAAUGCCAAACCGGUUAUGAAAGAUUCAGAGAAGCUUGCUAUCAUAUCUUCAACUAUACUUUAAACUUCAUUGAAGCGGAACAGUUCUGUGUCAAUGACGGUGGGCACCUAGCUUCAGUUCAUGAUAACGAAGAAGCUGCUUUUCUUGUUCAAAUGAUCAAGGAAAAAAGUGCGCUAAUGAUCGGUUAUAACGGCCGCAAUUGGACAGAUGGCAGUUCGACCAGUUACAUUGCAAAUCAAAGUCUUUUAUUAAACUAUCUGAUCCCAUCCCCAGUCUUUGAGGACCGUUCAGUUGCUCAACAGUUGUAUCUCGUCGCCGACAGCAACAACUUUUUUUUCAGCUACAGUGUUGUGGAACAUCCCAGCGUACCCUUUGCUUGCGAAAGGCCUGCUUAUUAUAAUACUGAUCGGUCGUGUCCUCAAAAUAAUAUUUUUGCUGGCUUCAGCACGGUCACUUCUCCUGGUUAUCCAAAAAAAUAUCAUGCCGGAUAUAACCUCAACUGUACAUAUUAUUUCGCUGCUGAAUCUGGUCACCUUGGUCACAUACAAUUUAAAGAUGUUGACUUGAAUGGAGACUACGUUAAGGUCUAUGAUGGAUGGAAUCCGUUGGAAAGGAGAGCAAUUGGGAUUGUUACUGGUAAUAACAAAAACACAGCCACAAGUUUUAAAACGACAAUGACGAGUUUGAUUAGUAUUGAAUUUAUUGGCAACUACACUGGCAAAUGGCUAGCCAAUUUUACUUCUGAAAAAGCGUUGUCGGGUGGAACCAAGAAUGGCAUUUCCAGCGAGUCAGAUGAGCGCGCUGAAACGUCUGAUGAGCAGAGCGAUUCCAAACAGUAUGAGGAAGAAACUGCUUUUAUGAGCGCAGAAGACAAUGAUGACCAGGUGCUGACAAGCCCAGCUACACUAGGAUCUGCCGAGAAUAUAUUAUCUCAAGAAGACGUAGCAAGCGAGGAGCAGAUACCGGAUUACGAUUACGAAAAAAGUUGA